UCAGGAGCAGGCGGAGUUGGGGUGGAGGAGAGGUGGGGAAGUGGAAGAGGGAACAGAGACACUGGCUGGCAAGGACACACUGUCACAGAGGGAAGCUCCCCACGUCUGCAGCUGGGCUUACAACAGGAUGGAUGGAGCAAGUGAGCUGUGUGAGCGAUGAAAGCAAAAGCUGACAUGAAUUGUGUUGGGAAGACUUUUUGUGCCUUCAUUCUGCUCACCGUUGCUGUGGCCAUGGUAACAAUGGAUGAUAGAGUAUCUAAAAUAGCUGGUUCCAGCAUUAAUCUGAACUGUAAUAACGUUUCAAUGGUGGAUCUGGUAUCAGUAAUAUGGAAGAUAAGACCAAGGACUGGAAAUUACUGCCAACUGGCAUACAGACGUGAUCUGAACACGACAAACAGAGCAAACUGCAGUGAAAGAAUGGAUUGGAAAUAUAGUCCUGAAACUGAUAGUGCACUUCAGAUACGGCAAGUGACACUCACAGAUGAGGGAUGUUAUAGCUGUGAAACUUCAACCAGCGAUGGAACUUUCAAUCAAACCCACACUCUGACUGUAUUAAUCCCUCCUGUGGUGACCUUGACCUGUGACAGUAACGGGACUGCUUUGUGCAAAGCAGCUGCAGGGAAACCAGCUGCACAGGUCUCUUGGGACCCAAACGGAGACCCCAGGACUGAUCUUGAAAAUCACACAAAUGGGACAGUGACUGUACUCAGUAUAUACAGCCCUAGAGAGACCAGUAUAACCUGCCUGGUCUCUCAUCCGGCUUGGAAUACGAGCCAAUCCAAGAAAUGUCAAUCAGACAAUGGAAACAUGUUUCUUCAGUAUUUCGCCAUCUCUGCUGGUCUCCUGGGCAUCCUCUUCAUUCUGGCUUUAAUUUUCCUCUGUAAACUCCACCAUGGCAGAAUUUGUUAUAAGUCCAAAAUCCCUGAGUCUGCUCCCACACACAACAUGCAGAAUGAAAUCUCUUCUGGGCAGCAGCUUCCGAUGCUUGGCCUCAUCUCAGAAGCAAAUCUUUUCUUUGGAAAGUUUGAGUGUAAUCAUUUGGCUGUCUCGGCGUUAACAGAUGAGAAACAUUUUUGUUCACAUCAGUUAAAAACAUCGUGCAGCCCAAAGGAUCGGAGGCAUCGUUCCAAUACCCUGCACACCGUAUCUUUCUCCCUAUGCUAUUGUACUUUAUUUGUUUGAGGACCCAGAAUCCCCUGAGAAACUGUUUGACAAACAGAAUAAAACCAGAAUGCUUGAUUUUACUGUGGGCUAGAAUCUCAGUGCAGAUUACUUCAAUACUCACGCUUCCAUUCUGAAUCUGACAGAUUCUAUUAAAGCUGCUGACUUUGGGAGGAGCUCUGCUUCAGUAAGGAAUGUAAAAGGGGGUCCUUGGAGUAUAAUCCAUUUGCUGCAAGGCUUUAACCUUGAGGCAGAAGCUGACUAUGGAAGUGCAGCGUACCAUGUAAGUUACUUAACUUCUUGUCUGUUUAUAAUAAAAGCUCCAUGACAAAAAAAAUGUAAUACAGCAGAAUUUCACGAAUUCACAGUGACUGGGAGACUCAAUGUAAACGACCACAUCUUUCAAAGUAUUCAAUAUAUGAAUGAACACAGAAGAAUAAAAGCAAGGUUCACUCAUCAUAAAAUGAACUUUGGUCCUUUGACCAUUGCAGUUACUUUAUUAGCAAAAUAUGGUCCAGUGGUUGAGGCACAAGCCUAGGACCUGGGAUCAAUUCCCUGCUCUGCCACAGACUUCCUGUGUGACCUUGAUCGAGUCGCUUACUUUCUUUAUGUCUCAGUUCCCCAUCUGUGAAAUGGGAGUAAUAACAUUUACCUACCUCAUAGGGGAGUUUUGAGGGUAAAUGCAGUAAAGCCUGUGAGGUGCUCAGAUACUGCAGUGAUGGGGACCAUAUAAAUCCUUUAGAUACAAUACUUCUGAAAAUGCUAGUAAAUGUUCCGGAGUUCAUAAAAGUGAAACUCAUAGUAACAUGAAGCCUCACUACAGAACUCUGGCCCUGAUUCAGCAAAGAACUUACACACAUCCUUAAGUCCAUCACUAUUCAGGAAAGCACUGAAAGCUUGUGCUUAACUUGAAGCUCAUAUGUAUGCACAUGCUUAAGUGCUUUCCUGACUAGGGAUCAUGACAUCUGCUAUUAAAUCUGCUGAAACGUUAGCAGAGGCCACCAUUACACUGGGCAGUCUAUAAGAGUACAGCUUAGCCACAUACCACUGUGUUCAGAUUUUUUUUUUUAAAUUCACUCAAACCCACAAAGUAUACAAGCACUAAAAAAACCCAAACAAACUUGUGCUUUCAUGAAAGAAAAGGGCACGUGAACUGUUUUUUAAAAAGUGCUUAGGUAACGAAGCAUAGAUUGCUAGAUGCCCGUCACUAACUUCUUCUUGCGAGGUGUAAGGGUGUGUCCUCCUCGUUAGGGCACCCUGUUGUGUGUAGACAGUGCAUUGCAGGGGGUCUUCAUCUCUCCAUCAGAUCUACAAUGACCCUUCUCAGCCUGCAUCUUCUCUCAUCUCCCACUUCGGGUAUUCUGGGGCUUGGCCCUCUGCCCAGUUCAUGUAAAAGUCUAAGCCCCUUCCAGGGUUGCGCAAACAAGUUAUAAUAAAAGUCCAAACAAAUCUUCACAAGAAAUAGCUCUUCCCCCAACCCAGCCUUCAGUGUAGGUCUCUUAUUAGCCCUAUCUCACGGCUUCUCAUGCAGUGGUUCUUCCUCCAUUGUUACUGAUCUGUAAAACUUUAACCUAGGGCUUCUCUCCCAGAAAGACCUGUCUCCUCUGCAGUUUCUCCCCAGACUCAGGGAGCUCAGUCUACUUAUAAGAUCGAGCACCACCUCCUCUGACCAGGAGGCAAUUAGUUAAUCAUUCCAUCCCGAGUGUGGAGCAUGACUCAUUGCGGUAUUUUCCCAUGCCUGGAAGUGAUGGGGGUUAAGCCCCGUCACAUGAUGAUACAGUCAAAUAGAACCACACCCAUGCUAUCAUCUUUGGGGGUGGGAGUGGGGGGGACAGUAUCACACAAAUAGUUAAGUUCCUGAAAAGAAAAUCCAGUCUAGCUAAAUUUUGCCGGGAAGUCAGCUUUUCAGCCAGCGUUGUACUAGACAUAUAAUUACCCAUAAUGUCUUGUUCUCUGAGUAUGCCUUAGUGGUCAUCAAAAACUUCUGGUUUCAGAGUUAUCCUUGCUGAAGGGCCUCUGAGGAAUGAUGCAGUGACUAUUUCUGAGGGAUCUGAAUAAUAAAAACGUCAACAGUGGUUGCCUUAAAAAACAAUUAGCCAGCGCAGUUAUAGGGUAUAUAUUCCCCUCCCAUGGAGAAAUGCCUGAAAGCAGCCAAGCUACCCGUAGAUGGCUUGUCCUAACUGAUGGGUGGUUUAAUACGCCUCAAAGUCAAAAUGGUGAUUUUUCACAAGUUCCUAGGGGAAACAUAAUUCUGACUUUGCUGACAUUUGUGUAAUAAAAAUCCUGUCCCCUUAACACAACCGCAUUGAUUCAAUGUUAUUGUUAUUAGUAGCCUGUUUUCAGGGUAAUAAACUUGGGUUAGAUUUGAUUUUAAGCAUGUGUCCUUUCCUGCUGUUAAAAGGAAAGCCAACUAAGGCAUACAAAUGAGAUAGAGCCUUCAGCUGCUUUUCACCAGACUCAAGUAAUGUUUGUUGGUGUACUGUCAAUACAUCAGCUCUCAGGGUCUGAGCCAAAGCCCACUGGAAUUAAUGGGAGACUUUCUAUUGACUGCAAGGGACUUCAGAUUGGAUCUCCGGUAAGGAUAUUUUGCUGUUGCUAGGGGCAGAGGAUAUAAAGAGCUGACUAUAGCCUGAAUAAACACUUAAUGGAUGCAUUUACAGAAAGUGCUGUGAAAUC